CUCCGCCUGCCGCCAUAUUGUGGAUGUGCAGUACGCGUCCGUGUGUAACGCUCAGACUGUGAAAUGUUUUAAGAGUGUUUUUACUGUCAGUUACGUUAAAAGUGCGAGUUUUUAUUGAUCAGUGAAAAUGCAGACAGGCAGCGGGGCUAAAAACCCGCCAUGGGCGCGAUCAAACGUGAAUACAAAUAUGACCGGCAUGAACACGCAAAUCAUGGACCCUAACUCUAUGAUGACACAACAGGGUAUGAUGCCAUUCCAACAAACUCCGGCUGUGUUUAAUCCGAGUAUGAUGCAAGCUCAGAGUGGCAUGUCCAUGCCAAUGGCAGGGCAAAUGCAAAUGAAUCAAAUGACUCAAGGUCAAAUGUAUCCGGGCAAUGUUGUUGCGUACCCGACACCACGUGCUAUGAACCCGGGAAUGUAUCAAAACAGCUCAUCCGGCGGAACGGCGCCGUCCAGCGAACAGAGGGUGUUCACAGGAACUGUAACAAAGACUCAUAAUGAUUUCGGUUUUGUCGAUCACGAUGUAUUCUAUCAAACUUCCGUGUGCGCUAAGGGAAUCAUUCCAAAAGUAAACGACAGAGUUCUGGUGGAGGCAAACUACAACCCAAACAUGCCGUUUAAGUGGAACGCGACCAGAGUACAGGUGCUGCCUAAAAACGGGCCUGGUAACCAGAAGCAGAACACCCCAAAAAGCAACAACUAUAAUGCUGUACCACCACCUUCGGGCGAUAGACAGUCUAACAGGAAGGACCGUAUGCAGAGACCCAGAGAUAACAGAGAAGUCAGAGAUAGAGAUAACAGGAAACGCUCAAGAACCAGAAGCCGCUCACGCUCGAGGAACAUCCAUGACAACAGGGUAAACAGGAGAGACUCGCCACCCCGCAAGCGCCCUGUAAUUCAUCAACCUUCUCCAGUCAAAUAUGUAGUCAGGGUGCCACGUAUGCCAUUGGACAUUGAGAAGCUAGAUGUCCCAGCGCUGUCUCAAAGGUACACUAACAUGUACGUGCCGUCUGACUUCUUCAACGCCCAAGUGAAAUGGGGCGAGACAUUCCCGCCGCAGUCUCCGCUGUCGCUCAACAAUCCGUGUCAGUACUACAUCAUGAACAAGGAUAUCGACAAUCCUCUUGGCAAUGACUCCAUUUUGGAACCUCCUGAUGCGGAUUACAGAUUUUCAGCAAAGGUGAUGUUAAUCAGCAUGCCAACACUGGAAUCAUUUUACCAGAAAUGUGGACUGACUAAAGUAGAUGAGAAAGACAAACGCUCCACCAAUUCCAAAACUCCCUUGCACCCUACCCGUCUGAUCAAGUUCCUUGUUGGCCAGAAAGGAAAAGGUGGUGAAAAUUUUGCUAUAGGUGGACCAUGGAGUCCUUCUCUGGAUGGCGACAACCCUCAAUCUGAUCCCAGCGUCCUGGUCAGAACCGCCAUACGCACAUGCAAGGCCCUGACUGGAAUUGAUUUGUCUAACUGCACCCAAUGGUACCGAAUGGUGGAGUUUUACUACUGGCGCGAGGGCAGCAACGGCAAGUCGCGGCUCGAGUGUGUGGUGUUGUUCCUGCCCGACGUGUGGUCGGCGCAGCCUUCGCGUAUCGAGUGGGCCAACGUUCAGGAGACAUAUAAGACCGCCUGCGACAACGCGAUAAGGAACGUCGACAUCGUCGCGGCGGAGGUGGCGGCCGCGCCCGCGCCCGCGCCCGCGCCCGCACUCGCACCCGCGCCCGCACUCGCGCCUGCGCCCACGCCUGCAGCCGCAGAGCCCGAGCCGCCGUCCGCCGCCGCCGAGCCUGCUGUUGCAUCUGCAUCUGCCGCGGAGGCUGCGCCAGCGGACAAAUCCAAAAUUGAUACGCCAAGCCACGAUGACAGUACUAUAACCAUAGAUGAGAAUGAUGAUGAUGAGGACAAGCCUGAGCCGACACAUUAUUCCAAGAUCGAUUUGAGGACCAUUAAAGUUGACCAACUGCGCCAAGAGCUAAGAGCUCGUAAUGUCAGCUGCAAGGGCCUGCGUGCUCAACUGGUGUCCCGUCUUUCUAAACUAGUCAAGCAAGAAGAAGAAAAGGAAACCAAAGGCGACGAGGUGGAAGUCUUGGACGACGACACAGAAGAAAAGAAGGACAAGCCCAAACAAGACGAUUCCAUCGAGAUACCCGAUGACAAGGAUGACACGCCUAAAGCGGAAAAGGAAGAAAAGAAAGAGGAAAAGACAGACAAAAAGGAGGAAAAAGAGAAAAAACCGGCGCCAAAGUCUGAGAAGGAAAUUGAGCAGGAAUUGAAAAGGCUGGAGAAAGAAAGGCAGACGCUAAAGUCGCGUUACGAAGUGCCGAACGGCCCCCACAUUCUCGUGCACCCGUCGACGACGGCCAAGGGCGGCAAGUUCACCUGCAACAUCGCCACUCUGUCGUUCCUGCUCGACUACCGCAUUACUGACAACAAGGAGCACAGCUUUGAGCUGUUUGUGUUUGCUGAGCUCUUGAACGAGAUGCUUAUGCGAGAUUUCGGCUUCUACAUCUACAAAACGCUUUACACUUUGCCCGAAAAAGUCGAGGAAGUAAAGGAAGUCAAAGAAAAGGAGUCCAAAGAAGUUAAAGACGAAAAGAGUGCUGACAAAGCUGAUAAGAAGGAUGACAAAAAAGACGAUGAGAAGAAAGAUGACAAAAAGGAAGAUAAAAAGGAAGAUAAAAAAGAAGACAAAAAAGAGGAUAAGAAGGAGGAAAAGGACAAAAAAGACGACCGACGCGAUGACAGACGUGACGUUUCACGGCGGCGGGACCGACGGACGUCCGCGAGCGACGACGAGCGCAGCACUUCUCCCCGCCGCCGCAGCCGCGGCGUGGAGCUGCCGCCCGACCCCUACCUGCUGCUGUCGCUCGUGUACUUCGACACGGCCCGCGGCGGGCACGUCACCAAGAAGGACCUGCAGAACCUCUUCAUGAGCUUAGGGCUCCAGUUGUCCCGCUCGCAGAUACGCAGCGUGCUCGAGAAAGUUUGCAUCAAGGACUCUUUCAGUUACAAGAGCCUUAUCCAGUCCAUCAAGGAUCUGGUGGCCGGCUCACACGAAGCGAUGCAAGAUCUGCCCCUCGAUACCGCGGUCGUUCCUCAGGAGGUGCCCCCUCACAUCGCCGAACUAGAGGCCGCUAUUGCAGCGGGUAAUCGAGAGCUGCUGCCGGUCUUCAAUAGACCCUCGGACGGAGAAUCCGCUUCUAAUAAUGAAACUAAGGAUGUUAGCGACAAGGGUGUGGUGGUGUACAAGUCGCGCGUGAUCGACGUGGGCGCGCUGGUGGCCGCGGAAGCUCGCAACGCGGCGACGCGCGGGCGCCUGGAGGCCGCGCUGGAGGAUGCGCGUGCGCAGCUGCGGAGCGCGCGCCAGGCCGCCGCGUCGCGCCAGCAGGCCGAGCGCGGCGCCACCGCGCAGCUCACGGAGAUCCAAGACCAGCUCGCCGCCGCCAGGGCCAGGGUCACCUCGCUCCAGGUGCGUACACUCUACAUGCUCUCUACUCUGGAGGCCGCGCUGGAGGAUGCGCGUGCGCAGCUGCGGAGCGCGCGCCAGGCCGCCGCGUCGCGCCAGCAGGCCGAGCGCGGCGCCACCGCGCAGCUCACGGAGAUCCAAGACCAGCUCGCCGCCGCCAGGGCCAGGGUCACCUCGCUCCAGGUGCGUACACUCUACAUGCUCUCUACUCUGGAGGCCGCGCUGGAGGAUGCGCGUGCGCAGCUGCGGAGCGCGCGCCAGGCCGCCGCGUCGCGCCAGCAGGCCGAGCGCGGCGCCACCGCGCAGCUCACGGAGAUCCAAGACCAGCUCGCCGCCGCCAGGGCCAGGGUCACCUCGCUCCAGGUGCGUACACUCUACAUGCUCUCUACUCUGGAGGCCGCGCUGGAGGAUGCGCGUGCGCAGCUGCGGAGCGCGCGCCAGGCCGCCGCGUCGCGCCAGCAGGCCGAGCGCGGCGCCACCGCGCAGCUCACGGAGAUCCAAGACCAGCUCGCCGCCGCCAGGGCCAGGGUCACCUCGCUCCAGGUGCGUACACUCUACAUGCUCUCUACUCUGGAGGCCGCGCUGGAGGAUGCGCGUGCGCAGCUGCGGAGCGCGCGCCAGGCCGCCGCGUCGCGCCAGCAGGCCGAGCGCGGCGCCACCGCGCAGCUCACGGAGAUCCAAGACCAGCUCGCCGCCGCCAGGGCCAGGGUCACCUCGCUCCAGGUGCGUACACUCUACAUGCUCUCUACUCUGGAGGCCGCGCUGGAGGAUGCGCGUGCGCAGCUGCGGAGCGCGCGCCAGGCCGCCGCGUCGCGCCAGCAGGCCGAGCGCGGCGCCACCGCGCAGCUCACGGAGAUCCAAGACCAGCUCGCCGCCGCCAGGGCCAGGGUCACCUCGCUCCAGGUGCGUACACUCUACAUGCUCUCUACUCUGGAGGCCGCGCUGGAGGAUGCGCGUGCGCAGCUGCGGAGCGCGCGCCAGGCCGCCGCGUCGCGCCAGCAGGCCGAGCGCGGCGCCACCGCGCAGCUCACGGAGAUCCAAGACCAGCUCGCCGCCGCCAGGGCCAGGGUCACCUCGCUCCAGGUGCGUACACUCUACAUGCUCUCUACUCUGGAGGCCGCGCUGGAGGAUGCGCGUGCGCAGCUGCGGAGCGCGCGCCAGGCCGCCGCGUCGCGCCAGCAGGCCGAGCGCGGCGCCACCGCGCAGCUCACGGAGAUCCAAGACCAGCUCGCCGCCGCCAGGGCCAGGGUCACCUCGCUCCAGGCCAGCUCCAAGAUUUUCCAUUCCGCCUUGAAAAGUAUCCAGUCUAAAGUAGAAGCCGUCGUGAACAUCAAGUACGAGGACGACGACGUAGUCGAAGUUGUGAACGGACCGUCAAAGUAUGAAAAAUUGCCAAAAAAAGAGGAAAUUACUAAACAAGAAGAGCUAGAUGUGAAAUCAACUAAGGAAGAACAAGAAAUCCCCACACGUACGGAAGUUGACUCUUCAAAUCAGGAAAAAGACACUAAUGAUAUCAUUACGACAGAGAACAUGGAAAUUGAUGAUAAGGAAUAAACCACUUAGUACACUUAGA